AACCACAUCACUCUCCCUCCGCCACCACCACCACCACCACCCACAGCCACCACCUCCUCCAGGAAUCAGAUCUGAGAAGAAAUGGCGAAGUCGAAGAAUCACACGGCGCACAACCAGUCGCACAAGGCACACAGGAACGGCAUCAAGAAGCCGAAGCGCAACCGCAACAUCUCCACCAAAGGGAUGGAUCCCAAGUUUUUGAGGAACCAGAGGUAUGCAAGGAAGCACAACAACAAAAUCGCUGAUGGCGCUAGCGGCGAAGAAUAGAUUUCAAGUUACGUAUUUAUUUAUUACCCAAUUCCGAUUAUGCGAAAUGAAUCAUACAAUCAAUUUUGAUUUUCUUUUGCUAUUUUUAGUUAGGUUUGGGAUUUUUAUCGUUUGAUUUUAAUUCGAAUUAUAUUGGGUACUAGCAUUUGACUGAUUUUGAGCUGAAAUUAUGAGUACUGAUAAUUCGGAGCUUUCUUAUAUGCGUAUUGUGGUUGUUCGUAU